AUGAGACAAUCAGAGGAGACAUCAAAACCUUCCGCCAAGAAACCAUCAGCAGGCCCACUUGUAUGUGGUUCGAAGAGCAUCGCGGGCCCCAAACAACAAAUACCUCAUAGUGAAAGUUCUUCCGAGAGCGAUUCAGAUUCAGAUUCAGAUUCCAAAGAUGCUAUGCCUGUUAAAAGAAUACAAGCAGCACUGAAGUCGUUGAUUGAGCCCUAUCCUCAUGCAAACGGGACAAAGCUAAUUCAUGCGAAGUCAUUGGCUCCUGUACCGAGUUUGGAUUCUUCUGAUUCAGACUCGGAUUUGCAGGAAGCAUCGAGACCUGACACAAAACGUUCUCUAUCUACAGGUUCUGCAGUAUGUUCUAAAGACGGCGUAUUUUCUUCUAAGUCUGAUUCAAGAGUUGCGUUACCGGUUGAAAAACUCAAGGCUGCAUCUGCUUUGGUGACUCAUUCCUCUUCUCAUGCCAGUACGAUGGAGUCAAUGGAUUCGAAAAAGCUAGACACUGUUACGAGGCCAUUAUCUUCUCAUGCAGAUUCCGUUUCAAUAGCGACAAGCAGACUUUCAGGCAAGCAACUAACAAAAUCAUCUGAUAAAGUUGUUUGUAGUUCGAGAAAUGACGUGUUCUCUAAACUGCGUGAUACUUUGGAGACUGAUUCCGAUUCUGAUUCAAGCGCAACCAAGCCGGUUGAAAAGGUGAAAGCAACUUCAAAGCAGCUACGGAUUAACUCCCAUGCGAACAGGAUGAUAAUUAGGCAUCAAGAUCUUCAGAGAAGAUGCGAACCAUUUCUUCCCGUUACUGGCGAUGUUGGCCCCAAGCAGGCUAUACUUCAACGUGAAAAUUCUCCCGACGUCGAUUCCAAUUUCCAAAAGGCUGUACUUGUUUAG